AUGAAAGGCAUGAUUCUUGAUUCUGUGGCAGCUAUAAUUGCUUCUGUUCUUUCUCUUGUUGAAGAGUAUAGGUUAAGGAAUAAAAGGCCUAGAAUAAUUAGGCAACCUUAUGUGAAUAGAGAUAGUUUGAGGGAGGCAAAUAUCAAUAGUAUUUUACAUUGUGGUGACACUCAUUGUCUAGGACAAAUUCGUAUGAGGCCUGCUGCAUUUUAUAGCCUAUGUAAUAUUCUAGUUGAAAGAGGACUUUUGCGGGAAAGUGUUCGGAUGAGUGUUAAGGAGCAAGUAAUUAUAUUUUUACAUUUAUUGGGGCAUAAUGUAAGAUUUCGUGUGAUUGGGGGAAGAUUUUUUCGGUCAACAUGGACCGUACAUUACUAUUUUCAUAUUGUACUUCAAGCUAUCCUUCGAUUGUAUCCAGAGGUAGUGAAACCACCAACAACUUCAAUUCAGCCAGAAAUUCAAAACAUUCCUAGGUUCUUUCCAUGGUUUGAGGAUUUCAUAGGGGCUAUAGAUGGAACACAUGUGCGUGCCUCCGUUCCCAUUGAGAUACAAGAUAGAUUUCGUGGUAGAAAGGGCGGAACAACGCAAAAUGUGCUAGCUACUGUUGAUUUUGAUGCCAAGUUCACAUAUGUUCUAGCUGGCUGGGAGGGUUCUGCACAUGAUUCAAGGGUCCUUAAUGAUGUGCUAAGUAGGGGUUUCAAAAUUCCAGAAGGGAAGUAUUAUCUUGCAGAUGCGGGUUUUGGUAGUCGCAAAGGUCUUAUGCCUCCAUACAGGAGAACCCGUUAUCACUUGAAAGAAUUUACAAACAAUCCUCCAGAAAAUGAACGGGAGUUAUUCAACCUUCGACACUCUUCAAUUAGAAUGGUUGUAGAGAGGGCGUUUGGAAUUCUAAAGGCAAGGCUUCGUGUUUUGGAUGUUGAGCCUUUUUGGUCAUUUAAAACCCAGGUUGAUGUGGUUUUAGCAUGUUGUGUGAUACACAACUUCCUUAGAGGUGUGGAUCCUAAUGACCAGAUAACUAGAGAGGUAGACUUGGAGAUGGAUUCACAUGAUACAAGAACAUUGCUUACUCGAAGGGAAAUGCGAGAAGAAACAAAUGAGUGCAUUAAUAAAAGAAAUGCCAUAGCAUUAGCCAUGUGGACUAUUAUAGUAUUAGUAGUACGGUAUGAGAAAGAACUGAUAAGAUCUUCCUUAUAA